AUGGAGCUAAGAUACCAUCCCCGACAGGGCUAUACAGCGAGUGCAGAACGCUACAGAAAUGAUGGUCCAGUGGAACCGAAAGUGGGAAAUGCAAGUAAUCGUCCAGAAGACGUGGAGGCCAUAUCUCCGGCACCGGAGGAGGCACGUAUUAUGGACGCACAGGACGCCAAACUGCAACGCGAACACGAGGAAGUGACUCGCCAACUAGCCACCAUCGACCUGGAGAUCAACAAACAGGAGUCACAACUGCGCUACCUGUGUGAACGUGAAAGCAGUCUGGCUGAUGGGCUUAACACAGAGACCCCGCGCACCAAGUUCCCCCCGGCUGGCACCGAUGAAGCUGACGAGCGCACCUAUGAGAACCCCACACAGGUAACCGCCGCCGCCGCCGACCACAAUGCUAUCGUCUUAAUCAUGCUCUUUUUGGCAUCGUUUUCAAGUGUAGUUACUUUGCCCCACAUCUUUGUUGUUUUGAGUUUAUGUGCCAACUCUGGUUGGUCUUUGUGA